CAAGAUGGCGGCUUAGCAGCGACAAAGUGCAUAAGAGCGACUGCUCUGAGUGCAACGUGCGUAAGCCGUGUCUCGAUAAACUCGUACUUUCGGAAUCGAGUGCGUGCGUAGAAAUACCGUCCACAAGACGGUUUUAUCGUCUCUAGGAACGAGUCGUGCGAUCGCGAAUGAAUCGUCCGAGAUAGUCGGUGGUGGCGUGCGCGAGCGCCCGCCGUAUUCAGGAAGACGCGCGUGCGACAGAGAUAGAGAAAAAAAGUAAGAAAGAAAAAGAGAGAGAGAAAGAGAAGGAAAAGAAAGACAGACGCAGAGAGAGAGCGAGACGGAAAGGAUCGCCUGGAAGUUCGGCGAUCCCGGUCAGGUUCCGACUUGAUAGCUUUUUCUGGGAACCCUGAGAGAAAGUUGAAUCUACGAUAAAGGAAGACAAGAAGACACGCGUCUCGUUGUCGCCGCUGCCGCCGUCGCCGCCGCCGCCGCUGCCGCUACCGCUACCGUUGCUACUAUUGCUACUGCUGCUGCUCUUGCUGUUACCGCUGUUUCUAUUACUAUUACGAUUUAUUGCUACUGCUGUUACUGCUACUCUCAACGAGCGACGAUCAGGAGCGAACCUUUUUCAUGGCGAUCGGCGGUGGUACGAGGAUACAUCGUGCUUCACCACCGUGGUAUGAACCACGACAAAGGUGAAGAAAGGGUCAGUGACAAUGCGAGAAAAAAAAGGAGGUGCUCUUAGCAGAGUGCAGAAACUAAAAAAACGACUUAGUCACAGUUUUGGUAGACUUUCUAUCUCUAAAGAAGAAGCUGAUGAUGCUGCAAAUAGAGGUCAGCUGCCUUACAAUGGUUAUUCGGAGGAGUUCCUAGACCGUUUGGAACCAAACGGCAAUAUACCUGCGGAUAAAGAUCGUCGAUACGAAUGGACAGGUGUUGGUGAUCAUGAAAGAGUGCAUCGGCAGCUUUCCGUUUCUAGCGAUUCCAAGCUUCUAGAUGAAGAUAUAAGAGAGGAGGCAAGAGUGAUUUUACGGCCUCGGCGUCCACCGCGGCCCAAGUCUGAGGUUUUUCUUGGGCCAGAUCCACCACCUCGGAGAACCAAAAGGUUUUCAGCUUUUGGGGGAGACUCUCCUUUUGGAAAAUCCGAAGCUUAUAUAAAAUUAGAACAGUUAGGAGAAGGUUCUUAUGCCACUGUGUUCAAAGGCUAUAGUCACCUCACGAAUCAGGUGGUGGCUCUUAAAGAAAUUAGACUGCAAGAAGAAGAAGGUGCUCCGUUUACUGCCAUUCGUGAGGCAAGCCUUCUUAAGGAGUUAAAACAUAGUAAUAUUGUGACUUUACACGAUAUAAUUCACACUCGCGAGACUCUUACUUUUGUUUUUGAAUAUGUUCACACUGAUCUAUCACAAUACAUGGAAAGAUAUGGUAGUGGAAAUGGAGGUUUAGAUCCUCACAAUGUUAAGUUAUUUCUCUUUCAAUUGUUAAGAGGACUAGCGUACUGUCAUCGUAGGAGAGUGUUGCAUAGAGAUGUGAAACCUCAAAAUUUGUUAAUCAGUGAAAUAGGAGAACUUAAAUUAGCAGAUUUCGGUCUUGCAAGGGCGAAAUCUGUACCAUCGCAUACAUAUUCGCAUGAAGUAGUAACAUUAUGGUAUAGGCCACCUGAUGUUCUAUUGGGUUCUACGGAAUAUUCGACCUCACUUGAUAUGUGGGGAGUAGGUUGCAUAUUUGUAGAAAUGCUGACUGGAGAACCAACAUUCCCUGGUGUACGAUGUACGUACGACCAACUUGAUAAAAUAUUUAAAGUUUUGGGUACGCCUACCGAAGAAACAUGGCCAGGUGUAACUCAUCUCCCAGGAUAUAAGCCACACAAAUUGUCGUUUUAUCCACCAAGAAAAUUGGGUCUUUCAUUUCCAAGGCUUUAUGAUAUUGCCGACGGUGAUAACAUGGCAUCGUCUCUCCUACAAUUGAAUCCUGAUCAGCGCAUAGGUGCUGAAGAAGCUUUAAGACAUCCUUAUUUUGCCUCUCUUCCUAGAAAAUUAUAUGAAUUGCCUGAUGAAGUGUCAAUAUUCAGCGUUGAAGGUUGCCACUUGUAUACAAAUUCGAGGCAUGGGUGCACAGACUCGCGUCACACCGCUCUUAAGACUUGAGGUUAAAUGUAAAUGAAAGGCAAAUGACAAAUAAUGCCCAGUUCAUACUUAGUGAAGACAUUCGAUCCAUGCGUUAAACUAUUGGCACAUAUGCCAUGACUAUCCACCCAUACACUAUCCACAGGCGCGUCGUUCGCUCUCUCUUUCUUUCUCCCUCUCUUUCUCUGUCUAUCUCUCUCUUUCUCUCUCUCUUUUUCUCUCCCUCUCUCUCUUUCUCAGGGCUGCUCAUAAAUUUCCCUCUCCCUUUUCCACAUCAAACUGCGAUAUUUUUUUUUAUGAACUUAUAUACGUAUUGAUUAAACAAGCAAUGAUAAAUCAUACACUGUAACUGGCCAAGGAAACAAGAAAGUAAGCUGUUCGUGGCUAAAAGAAAGAUAAAAAGUUUUAAGCGAUUUGCACGCUCAAUUUAGAAAGCAAAAAGCACGCACGACCCAUCCUCGCACUUCGUCCAAAUACUAGAUUUAGAUUGAUACCAAUCAAAAGAAGAUGAUAUAUAAACCGUCAUAUUGCGUCUCCGGAUCUCAUACCCAAUACGGGUUGACGGUUACUGAUUAGCAAAAAUAUUACGAAGUAAUUAUUAUCAUCUUAGAAAAAUUGUGGAAGAUCUGUAGCACGCUGUGUAAAUUUUAUGCUACUUUCGGGUCUUUUGUUGGUUGUUGAAACAAUCGAGAGUAUUGAUAUAUUAAAAUCAUUAUUGAUAUUAAAUUUGUUGCUACUAAUAUAAUACGGUGAUAGUGAAUUCAUAGAAAUCAUAAUAAGAUUAGAAUAUCAUUAUAUGUCGACUGUUGCAGCUACCAUCAUUAUACGAAAGAGCAAGGUUAUUGAGAACUUAUCGUUGAUAUCAACGGUAGUGAUCUAGUUAUAAGUAAUUAAUAUUAAUAUGAUAAAAUGUCAGCAGGCAAUAGGUUUCUGACGAUAAUAUAAAGUAAAAUCAAUAGUAGUGAUCAAAGAAUGAAAUAAUAAAGUAGAUUUAAUAAAAUCUGAUUUGUUUAGUCGCGCAGAUAACUAUCGUUAACAGAUAGUGGUGCUUUGAAAAGUCAUAGAGAACAUUUUUAAUGAGUUUAUCCUUUGUACAAUUUAUUGGCAUUUCUUGUUUCCAAUUGAACUUUUAAAAUUGUAUAUAGAGAUAUACCAACUUAAAAAACGUUGGCAAUAGUAGAAUAAGAAUAAGAUUAAAAAAAAAAGAGAGAAGCGAUACAGUUCUUCCAAAUUUUAUCUAAGUUACAAUGACUAUUGCGAUAUUACUACUCCUUCGUAGGUUAUAUUUAUACCGAUUUUUCAGCACACUUAUAAAGAUAUCAACGAGACGAAAGCAAAAAAAAAAGGGGAAACAAAUAUUUCGAAAAAAUUUGAAACAUUAUUACAUUAUUAAUAUCGUUAUUAUUUGAAAAGAGACGCGCAGAUGGUAGACUGUAAAUAGAACAUCAAGUUCGUAUUAUUGAUGACGCUGAGAUAGAUGAGCUGAGGUUAAUAAAUGUGAAUUUAUAAUAAAUUAAAUUGCAAUACGGCACUCUAGAUCCUAUCUCAUUCUUUCAGUUUCUUUUUUUUUCUCACAUUCAAUAACGUGCCAGUUGCUUUAGUUGUUUAGGUGUAUCAUAAUGCAAAAAAUUAUUGUAAUUGUAAUACUUUAUCCAAUUAUCGAUUUUUGUACACUUUAAUUCCAGGCUAAUUAUAUUUUGUUUGUAAUCUUA